AUGGCGCAGUCAAGUUUGAACUCAAACAACUCACUGCCUCAAUACUACGGUCAGACACUGCAAGAUGGGACGAUAAUGGAGUCUCCCGUCAUGCCAACACACCCACGUGGAUCCAGCGACUCGAGGCAGGAGCUUCUACGACUGCCUGCACAGCCUCACCAAGCACAUAUGGACUACAACGUCGAUCCCGAGUCACAUAACGCGCCCGUACAACAAGCCAACAACACCUUUGGUCUAACGCCAAUGCCUUCCAAUCGAAAAUUGGGAGGACAGGCCGACAUCCGUGACUGGGACGCAACACCUCGUCCGCGACGACCAUCUCAACCCGUGCCUUACAGCCCAACCACACACCGUGGCCCCUACGUAGAAGACUACUCUGAAGAGGAAGACGUCGAUCCCCGCGAUCCUCGCGCGUACCGUCGCCCAAGCAGGAGAACGCAAGGUCCUCCCAGUGCGUACCGCAACUACCAUGAGCAGAACUCCAGGUAUGGACCCAUACCUAGGAACAGUGUCGACCACAACAUGCAGCCUUAUUACAGCGACACACCAGGCAAGCCUAACUACGAAAUGUACUACCCCGAUGGAGGUAACUACGGUGGACGCCGCCCUCCCAUACCCUACGCAGGAGGAAGCCGAGGACCACCCAACUACCCACCUCAGGAGAGUGUAAUGAGGUUGCCAUGGAUGAUCUGGAUGGGAAGUAACGCAAAGAACCACUUUGUCGCUUUCGUCGGCGAAUUUGUAGGAACAACCAUGUUCCUCUUCUUCGCCUUCUCCGGCACCCAAGUCGCCAACAUCGACUCAUCCGCCACCCCCGACUCCAACACUACGACCAACGAAUCCGCUGGUUUCUCUCCCAUUGUCCUGCUCUACAUCGCUCUCGUCUUCGCUUUCUCUCUCAUGGUAAACGUAUGGGUCUUCUUCCGUAUCAGCGGUGGUUUGUUCAAUCCCGCCGUCACGUUCGCCAUGCUGCUCUGCCGCGCUCUGUCUCCCAUCCGCGCCUUCCUGCUGGUAGCAGCGCAGAUCAGCGGAAGUAUCUUUGCCAGUUUCCUCGUCAGCGUCUUGUUCCCCACAUCCUUCAACGUUCGGACUACGUUGGGUGAGGGCACGAGUCUAGCCCAGGGUGUCUUCAUCGAAGCUAUCCUCACCGCCGAACUGGUCUUUACCAUCUUCAUGUUGGCAAAGGAGAAGCAUAAAGCUACAUUCAUCGCCCCCGUCGGCAUUGGCCUCGCCCUCUUCAUCGCAGAACUCGUCGGCGUCUACUACACCGGCGGCUCCCUCAACCCUGCCCGCUCCUUCGGCCCCUGCGUCGUAACCGGCGUCUUCGACAACGAACACUGGAUCUACUGGGUGGGCCCCGCAGCCGGCGCCAUCAUCGCCGUCGUCUUCUACCAAUUCAUCAAGAUACUCGAAUACGAAGUCGCCAACCCCGGUCAAGACGACGACGAUAAAGACCAAGAAGUCAAGGAAGUCAUUGAAAAGGAGAGGGAGGGCAGCCAAGAACCUGAUCUCGAAAGGGGGGAUGCGGGUGGUAUGACGGGUGGCAUGGGCGGCGGACCCCCGGGUAACGGCCAUGUUCCUCUGCCUACCGUGAGUAGUCAGCAGCGUUUGCGGGCUGUGCAUAGUGUACAGGGUCUUGUUCAUCAAGCGCGCAAGAAAAGGGCGCAGGAGGGGCAGGGGUUUGGGGGGAGGGGCGAGCAUACGUACUAA